UUUCUUCGCGGUUGUCAUCUGUGACUUGGAGGUUAUGUGAUACUUCCCUAGACAUUAUUCUUGCUGAUUUUAACAUAAACGGCCACUAAAAUGUUGGGGAAAGUUCUCCUGGAGUCGCUUCCAAAGGCAAUCGUUCAGUAUCGCAGUAUAUCAUCAUCUUCAGCAGCUGUCACGAAGAUUCAUCGUUCGGUGUACUCCAGGUCGUAUCCGACUAUUGUGGUUUUGCCAGAUGGUUCGUCUAUAAAUAUUCGAUACCAUGAACCGAGGAAAAUUAUUAAGUUACCUUUGGAUGUAAGCACGUUGUCAGAAGCUGAACGAAAAGCGCGUAUCGAGGCCCGAAAACCAAAGAGAAAGAUAAAGAUUGAAGAGGAAGUUGAGGACAAUUUCGAUUCGAAAAAAUAUCUUAAAUACAUCAAGAAGAAGUAAUUUUCUCAAAGUUAUUGAUAGUUGAUUUAUAUUAAAAUAAAUGUAUUAUAAUUAAAUUUGAUAUAUUUUCA